AUGAUGAAAGUUUAUGGUCUUUAUUUUUAUUUUGUUAAACAACAAAAUCGACGUCAAAUUGAAGAGGCAGAAUCAAAAUUGGAAGACAAGGACAUGAACAAGUUGAUGUUUACUGAUCGGCCGAAUGAUGUUUCUAUUGAUGAUUCGUACGAUUCACUGGGUUAUGUAUUUGCACGAUCGGGUGAAGCUCUUAUCAAACGACUUCGAUCAAAAGCAUUUCAAGCUAUUCUUCGUCAAGACACGUCCUUUUUCGACCGGGAAGAAAAUAGUACCGGCCAAAAACUAGCACUGGCUGGUACAUCGGGCUGCGGAAAAUCAACUACUAUUCAAUUAAUUGAACGUUUCUAUGGCGUAAAUAUGGGUCGUCUCGUAAGUCGCUUUUUUUUGUGUGCAUCGGUGUUCCCUGGUAUUGUUUCUCAACAGCCAGUUCUUUUCGAUAUGUCAAUUCGAGAAAAUAUUGCAUAUGGUGAUAAUAAUCGAAAUGAUAUUUCACUCAAUGAAAUUAUUCAAGUAGCAAAAGAUGCAAAUAUUCAAGAUCUCAUACAACUUCUUCCGAAUGUCGGCGAUUACGGAUACGAAACUAUGCGUGAUGCCCAUGGGACUCAAUUAUCAGGUGAACAAAAAACAAAGAAUUGGUUUAGUUCAGUGGGAAAAUUCGUUACGUUAGUUAUCGCUCGAGCUUUAAUUCGAAAUCCAAAGAUUUUAUUACUUGAUAAAGAUAGUGAAAAUGAAAAGAUAGCUCAAGAAGCAUUAGAUCGUGCUCGACAAAAUCGUACAUCCAUAACAAUUGCACAUCGUUUGUCAACAAUUCAAAAUGCGGAUAUAAUACGUAUAGUUCAUAAUGGAAGUAUGGUGAAAAGUGGAAGUGACGAAGAAUUACUAGCUAUGGGUGGUUGA